UGCCCGGGUAGCCCGUGGUAACACCUAAUCAGCGGAAGUGGAGACCCGUGGCAGGCGGCUGAGACAGAGGACUGAAAGUGGUGGAACCAUAAUUUGUGACACCAGGUGUUUUUUGGCAAGCUGCCGUUUAUGACUGCAGAAGAUUGGGACUCAUAGGAAACCCCUUCGGAGAUUUUAACAAGUUUCCCAGCCGCAACCAAUACCAUGGCCCUACAGCUGGACCCUUCCCGAGAUGACCUGCCACUCAUGGCCAACACCAGCCACAUACUUGUGAAGCACUAUGUCCUGGAUUUAGAUGUGGAUUUCGAAAGUCAAAUCAUUGAGGGCACCAUAGUGCUUUUCCUUGAGUCUGGAAACAGAUUCAAGAAACAGCGUAGUUCCCCCGAGGAAACCUGCCGAUCAGCAUCAAACGAAGCCUGCAGAUUUAGGACACCAGAGCCCUGCCAUAUUCCUGUGACAAAUACAAGGACCUUCUCAUCUAAAGUGGGAUAUAAUGAUUUUGUAAUCUGUGGUAAAGGUGAAAAAGAUACUUCUGGUAAAGAUGGUAACCAUGACAACCAGGAACAGGCUUCUGGGAUUUCUAGCUCGAAGUACCGCUGUGACACAGGGAAUCAUGGGAGUGAGGAUUUUUUGCUAGUGUUGGACUGCUGUGAUUUAUCUGUAUUAAAGGUUGAGGAGGUGGAUGUUGCUGCUGUGCCAGGUAUUGAAAAAUUUACAAGGUCUCCCAAGCUCAGGAAUCAGAUUGUACAUGAACUUGUGGCUCUGCCUGCAGAUCGUUGGAGGGAGCAGUUAGACUAUUAUGCUCGCUGCAGCCAGGCUCCUGGCUGUGGGGAACUCCUGUUUGACAUUGACACUUGGAGCUUACAGAUCAGGAAGACAGGGGCUCAGACAGCUACUGACUUUCCUCACGCCAUAAGGAUAUGGUACAGAACCCAUCCCCAGGGGCGAUCAGUUACAUGGACCUCAGACCAGAGUGGCAGGCCAUGUGUUUAUACUAUGGGAUCUCCCAUAAACAACAGGGCCCUUUUUCCAUGCCAGGAGCCACCCGUUGCCAUGUCAACAUGGCAGGCUACAGUUCGAGCAGCUGCAUCUUUUGUUGUUUUAACGAGUGGGGAGAAUUCUGCCAAGCCAACACAGCUUCGGGAAGGCUGCUCAAGCUGGCAUUACUACGUAACCAUGCCAAUGCCAGCCUCCACCUUCACAAUUGCAGUGGGAUCCUGGACAGAAAUGAAGCCAGAGAUCUGCUCAUCAGAUGAUCUGGCUGCAGAGACAUCUUUCUCACCUUCCGAGGCUGCCUUCAGGAAUGUUGGUGUUUGUGGACAUGUGGAAUACCCCUGCCGCUUCCAGAAUGCUUCUGCCACCACCCAGGAGGUCAUCCCGCAUCGGCUUUUUGCUCCAGGGUGCCUCCAGGGUGCCUGCCAAGAGGCCCUUCUGCCGCUGAUCCCUCCUUGCCUCUCAGCAGCACACUCUGUCCUGGGAACACACCCGUUCUCCAGACUGGAUGUACUCAUCGUCCCUGCCAGCUUCCCAAGCCUGGGGAUGGCCAGCCCACACAUCGUCUUCCUCUCCCAGAGCGUCUUGACCGGAAUGAGCCAUCUCUGUGGGACCCGCCUCUGCCAUGAAAUCGCUCACGCCUGGUUUGGCCUGGCUAUCGGGGCCCGAGACUGGACCGAGGAGUGGCUGAGUGAAGGGUUCGCCACUCACUUGGAAGAUAUAUUCUGGGCUAAGGCACAGCAGCUGGCCCCCCACGAAGCCCAGGAGCAGCAGGAGCUGAGGGCUUGCCUGCGCUGGCGUCGCCUCCGGGACGAGGUGCGGAGCUCCCCUGAGGAGAUGCAGGUGUUGAGACCCAAUAAAGAGAAAACCGGCCACGUGAGUGACUCGGGCUCAUCUGUCAUCAAACAUGGGCUCAAUCCGGAGAAGGUCUUCAUGCAGGUUCACUAUUUAAAGGGCUAUUUCCUCCUCCGGUUCCUUGCCAAAAGACUUGGAGAUGACACCUAUUUUUCAUUUCUAAGAAAGUUUGUGCACACAUUCCAUGGGCAACUGAUUCUUUCCCAGGACUUCCUUCAAAUGCUGCUGGAGGCCAUCCCAGAAGAAAAAAGGCUUGAGUUGUCUGUUGAAAACAUCUUCCAAGACUGGCUGGAGAGUUCUGGAAUACCACAGCCGCUGCAGAGGGAGCGCCAGGCCGGGGAGGAGUGCGGGCUCGCUCGGCAAGUGAGCGCAGAGGUCGAGAAAUGGGUUCGAGUGAACCGGAGACCCCGAAAACGGAAACGAAGGGAGACCGAAGAAGUGUUUGCAAAGCUUCUUCCAGACCAGCUGCUCUUGCUUCUGGAGCAUCUCUUAGAGCAGACGACCUUGAACCCUCGAACCCUGCAACGCCUUGAGCGGACAUACCACCUCCCGGAGCAGGAUGCAGAGGUUCGCCAUCGAUGGUGUGAACUUGUUGUUAAGCACAAAUACAAAAAAGCGUACAGACACGUGGAAAGGUUCCUUCAAGAGGAUCAGGCCAUGGGCAUCUACCUCUACGGGGAGCUGAUGGUGAACGAGGACGCCUGGCAGCAGCAACUGGCCCGCAGGUGCUUUGAGCUGAGCAAGGAGCAGAUGGAUAGAUCCUCAGCCGAGGUGGUGGCCGAGAUGUUAUUUUAAAGAGGAAAGAUCACAGUGAGAUUCCUUUUCAUGCAUCUAUUCCUAGCCCUGGUGAGAGACCAGGAUCGCAUUGACCCUGACAUCAAAGGAGGGAUUAUGGGGCUGCUAAAGCCAUCAGCCGCCGGCAGUGUGCACAUUGUGGGCUGACUUUCCCAGAGGCUCUCCCAGUGGGGCUCGUGUAGAAGGCCUCACAGGGCCGUGGUGGCUUUGUCCCCACCCUGGAUGUGCCACCUCUUUGUCCCCACCCUGGACAUGCCACCUCUUUGUCCCCACCCUGGACGUGCCAUCUCUUUGUCCCUACCUUGGAUGUGCCACCUCUUUGUCCCCACCAUGGACGCGCCACUUCAGGAACCUGAAUCCGAACUGAGUCUCUCCUGUGAGUUCAAGGCUGUUCUUCCACACAAGCGCCGGGAGGCACCUGAGGCCCAUGGAAACCUGCCGAUCCAUCUCCACCCUCCCCUCAGCACACAGAUCAUUCCCACAUUUCUGGAAAGCCUGAGUCCCUGUGUCCCGGGACCUGUGCCUACCAAGCGCUGUCCUCCGCCAGGUCAUUUCAGGAAGAUUCCGCAGUUACUUUGAUUGAUAUGUCCAUCAUUUACAGAUUUUCUAAUAUUUUAGGACCUUCUGAUAAAAGCGCAGGAUAAGAUUCCAAGGUGUAUUAAUAAUAAAAUGUAAUAGAUUUGG